AUGAAUGCUGAAAUGAAUAUAACAUAUAUAACUUUUGGUGGUCAUGUGGAAGUGGAGAAAUACAGAUAUAUUUAUUUUGUAAUUAUGUUUAUGGUAUACGUUCUAAUAAUUUGCAGCAAUUCCACUAUUGUGUGGGUCAUCAUAGUUCAAAAAAGCCUUCAUGAGCCUAUGUACAUUUUCAUUGCUGCUUUGUUAGUGAACUCUAUUCUUUUGAGCACUGUGAUCUACCCAAAGCUUUUGAUUGACUUCUUAUCUGAAAAACAGAUUAUUUUGUAUCACGCCUGUCUUUUUCAAUUAUUCAUGUUUUAUGUUUUAAGCAGUUCAGAAUUCUUACUGCUGUCAGCCAUGGCUUAUGACAGAUAUGUGUCUAUUUGUAAACCUCUGCAAUAUCCAACUAUCAUGAGAAGAACAAGAGUCAGUAUUUUCCUGAUUUUGUCCUGGUUUUUACCUGCUAUUCAGAUUGUAGUGCCAGUACUAAGAAAUUCUAUUACACCACUCUGUAACUUUACUUUGAAAGGUAUAUUUUGUAACAAUUCUGUAAACCAUCUUUAUUGUGUAACUUCAAAAGAACUAUCUAUAUAUGGUAUGGUUGUUCUAUUUAAUGUUGCACUUUUCCCCAUGCUUUUUAUACUUUUUACAUACAUAAAGAUAAUUAUAGUUGCCUGUCAGACUGUGCCAGGGCCCUGCUCCGAUUGGUGUGUGGAUACACUGCCCCGACGUGACUGGUUCCAGCUGGAGGACCCGCCCAUUAAAAGGAGGCUGGAGUGCUACAGCGGGAGAGGUCCUCGUUUCUCCUCAGUGGUCCUGUGGCAGCCGCUGGCUGCAGUGCCGCUUAAAAGUUGUGGAAGUGGAGUGGGUAGGGGUGAGCUGCCGUUUCUUUUGAUCACCCGUUUUCUCCUGUUUUGA